AAUUGUAAUCUCAACACCGCAUGUUCGGUAAACCCCACAUUUUCUCGAAUGUUUAUCUUCACUGUUCGUUUUUCAGUCUGUCUCAAGCCAUCUUUCAGUUAAGGAACAAUAAAUAUUUCAAGAAGUGUUCGUAAAAUAGUGUAAAAAAUGAAACGAAUUUUCAUAUUAUCAAUUACUGUUUUGGUGACAUAUUGCUAUAAGGAGAAACACGGAACAAUCCGAGUGGAUCUGUUCAGACAAACGAAUCCUCACCUACAGUAUUUGGUGUAUGGAACACACCUCAAUUGGUUUGAAAAGAAUGAUUCGUACCCUGACGUACCUAUAUACAGAUAUUCAAAUAAUGAAUUUUAUGGAAAAAUAAUGGUUGGGAAACCAGGACAAGUGAUGAAUGUAGCUUUUGACACAGCUUGGUCUCAGACUUGGUUGCUUUCCUCUAAAUGUUCAGCCAUUACAACCCCUGGAUGUAUGUUCCACAAUUAUUACUAUCAUGAAAAAUCUUCAUCUUAUAAGAAAGACGGAAGACCGUUUUCUGCAGAUAUGGGCAACUUCAAUAUGACUGGAUUUUAUUCAUACGAUACUAUUUCUGUAAGUAUAGUCACUAUAUCACUUUAUUCUUUUGUGAUCUCAGCAGGGCAUUCGACUGCGUCAAUCAUAAUGCUUUGUUGUCAAAGUUACACUCAUACGGCAUUCGUGGCGAAGCACAUUCCUGGAUUUUAUAAUUUUUAGAAAAUAGGCAACACU